AUGGGUGGAGCUGACAAGGGUGUGGCACUGGUCUCGGGUGACGAGGAGACGCCGCUGCGGGGCGCGGGGCAGGCCGUCGGCGUGGUCGUUGCCCACGAUAAGGACGACGAUCAUGCUCCCACUGGCGCCGGUCCGGCGCCGGCAGGCACUCGCGCUGGUCUUGCCGAUGCCAUGGUGGAGGACGAGAUGCGGACGCAUCUGACCGAGCUGAUGGCGGCGGCGGUGAACCAUCCAAACGCCGCAGGCGUGCCGUGCCGAUCGGUGCUGAAUGGGUACAACGAGUCGGCCGAGUUUGUACGUUUUCGCCUCACCGAGGGCGGCUUCGCCGACACCGACAUCAGGACCUUCCCGGUCGAGGCUCCGGUCUACACCCAGAUCGCAGUUCCGAGCCUGGUCCUCGACGGCAUUGAGCUCAUCUACGGCUCCGACUUUGCCGGCGUCCGGUACUCGGGCGGAAAUGGGGCCCAGACGGUCAACGACGCGCCGUUGGUAGUUAUUCCAUCCGCGGACGCCUGCAACGCCACGGCGUAUCCGUCAACGCCGGGCGCCGUCUUUGUCACCUACUCGGUGGCCGGCGGCUCGUGUGACUAUGCGAGCCGAGUUAUGGCUGCCGAGGCCGCCGGGGCUGCCGCGGUUCUCCUCUCGUCGUCGCCAGGCUCGCGCUCAUUGCCGGGCAGCCGCGCACGCCCGUCGCCGUGGUACCCCGGUUCAUGGCUAGCGUCGGUGCCUAUCAUCGGCGUCACCGACACCGUGUACCAGCUGAUUGCCGCCAAGGGUGCCGCCGCCCGCGUCACAAUCGCGACCAACACCGAGACCGUUGUCGCCGACACUUAUGACGUGUGCGCCGACGUGCCGCCGCCUCCCGGCGUCACACCGUCGGGCGCCAUCAUCGUCAUGGGUGCGCACCUCGACUCGGUCGCUGAGGGUCCCGGAAUCAACGAUGAUGGCUCCGGCUCGGCUGUUGUGCUCCAGCUGGCACUGGCGUACCGCAAGCAGGCCGCCGCCAUCCGCUCGCCGCACACGCUCCGGUUCUGCUGGUGGGCAGCCGAGGAACUCGGCCUCAUCGGCUCAUAUCAGUACGUGGCCCAGCUGCAGGCCAACGAGCCAGCGGAUUGGGACGCCAUCGAACUGUACCUCAACUACGACAUGCUUGCUUCGCCCAACUAUGUUCGCUUUGUUCACCAGGCUAACGACUCGAUCGCCACAGGUACCGUCCUUCGCCGUGCCGAGGCCAUCGAGGCAGCUUACCUCGACGCGUUUGCCGCCGAAGGCCUCACCUACGAGCUCUCGUCGAUGCGUGCCGGCUCGGACUUUCUUCCGUUUCUCAUCGCCGACAAGCCGACCGGCGGCCUCCUUACCGGUGCCGGGGGGCUCAAGACCAUGGAGCAGCGAACCAUCUUUGGCGGCUUUGCCGACGCGCCGUACGACCCGUGCUACCACUCGCCGUGCGAUACGCUCGAGAACAUCGCCUACGAUGCCCUUGUCCAGAACGCACGCGUCGCCGCACGUGUCGCCGUUCGCUUUGCCCAGGCCGAUCCGCUCUGGCCGUCCGAGAGCAAGUAG